AUGGAGCCAGCUCGAGAGGAUGGAUCAGCUACGAGUAGGGUGCGCCGAUCUCGCGCGGCUCGCGCUUGCGAGCUGUGUCGACUGAAGAAGAAUAAACCAUAUUCAUUGACAUGGAUCUUUGAUAUACCGCAGACCGCAAUACCGAAUGCAUAUAUAGGAAUUCAGACAAGUCUCGCAGGAUCGUUUAUUCCACCGAGUACGUUCUCUUUCCAAAAGGAGGUCUUCGGUAAUAGAUAUACGGGCUCACAUUUCAUUGACAGGUAUGUCAAACAACUAGAAAGACAGGUCAAGAUUUUGUCGUCGCCUGAAACAUCUGCGAGUAAAGUAGGAAUAGAUAGGCUAGGAUUUUUUCGUGAUAACCUGCUCCUAUCCUUUCAAGGAGGAUCUCCCCUAGUAACAACAUCGCCCGCAGAUGAACCGAUGACUCCACAAGGCGUCGAUCAGAAUACUCAGGUCGGUAAUACAGCAACUUCACCCUCACAGGACACAACGCAUACAUCAACAGAGGUAUCAGGGGUUAAUCGCCAUACGAAAAAUGUCGAGUUCUAUGGUGGUUCUUCUUCCAUGGCCCUCCUUUGCCGCGUUCAGAUGAACAAUCCUUGCGGUGUCUCUCACGAGGAGGGAAAUGACGACGAAGGAUCUCUUGUCUCCCAGCUUCACAACCCAGCCUUCUUUCCAUCACCGUCUGAGCGCGCAAGUCGCUUGGAGAUGUUUCCUACUAAUUCUGUCUCAUACCUUCAUCAAUGUCGAACAUUUCUUAAUGCCUUCUUCGGAUCGAUCCACUACAUACAUCCUAUUCUUGACCAAGCUCAUUUCAUAAGACGUUGCGAGGAUCUCUGGUCUGAUCCUGGCUCACAGAGCAGAAGUUUUAUGGCAUUAUACUACAGCCUUUUAUCGCUCGGGGCAUUGGUUGGAUUGCGAGAUGAAGAACCUAUUGAGGGCAUUCGAUAUCUUGACUGGAGUCGUAAAUUCUUCAACGAAGCUCGUGCUCUAUGUGGAGAACUGAGUAUGACUACUGAUUUAGAGAUGGUGCAAUGCUUUUUCUUUAUGGCCAAAAUAUGUCAAAAUGAGCUCAAUCCCCACCUGUCAUAUAUGUAUAUUGGGCUUGCAGUACGAACUGCGUUGGCAAUGGGCAUCAAUCGCAAGCCUAUGCAUAUGAGUCGGAAAUCUACAGCCUUGCUGAAAGCCGAGUCAAGAACCUGGUGGGGGCUAUAUUCUCUUGAAACCGAAAUGAGCUUCGCAAUGGGGCGCCCCGACACUCUUGGAGUUGACCUUUAUCACAAUCGUGAAUAUCCACAAAUACGCGCUGAAAAUUCUGAUGUCCAGCAGAAUCCUGAUAUGAUUGAACCUCCGCAUUGUGCCAUCAUCAAAUGCAUGGUUGACUUUUCUAGGAUAACGAGGACUGUAUGCCUAGGACUCUACUUGUCUGACUCACCUAUCCAAAGAAAUCUACUGGUCGCACAGCAAAUUGAGCAAGACCUAGAUCUCUGGCUAGACAGCCUGCCGACCAACAUACGUCCAGCAAAAGCCCUCGCAAGCUCUAGAUCACUGAAGUUUGUAAAAGAUGCACAGUAUAUGAAGAAACAGAGAUUAGUAUUAUCAAUUAGAUAUCAUAAUGUUCGAAUGCUGCUAUUUGGUUCGUUUCUUAAGAUAGAUGCCUCUAUGGAUCGACCAUCGACACCCCUGUACGAAGAAAAUAUACAGAAGUGCCUUAGAUCUGCGAAAGAAACGAUCGAGAUCAUCUAUGAAACAUAUCGCCAUCACGAUUUUUUCCGCACGUGGUAUUACAACACCACUUAUACUCUGUUUGCCGUAUCUAUUAUUCUUGUCUACAUUGCCCAAGAGGCCUCCGAAGCCGAGAAGCAGCCCUUGUAUUCCUUCGUUGAGAUGUCUAUUGAGAUUUUGGAGACUAUGGACGACUGUGUUGUGGCAAGCAAGGCCGCCAAAAUGAUACGGCGAGCCUUGACACGAGCCAGAGAUAGCAGGGCUUUGCAAAAUUAUAAUGGUCCUCAGGACAAUGCUAUGCUUGAUAGUAGACCGUUUAAUCACUUCUGGGGACCUCUCAACUUCAUGGACGGCCAGAUAGACGUGGGUUUCCCGUUUGAAGUAGGCGACAUGGAUGAUAGCCAGUAUUUUUUGGGUAAUUUUGGCCCUCCAGAGAGGUAG